UAUGUCAAAUAAAUAAAUUAAUUAAAAACAAAAACGGAAAACCGGCUACCUUCUCCCUGCCGAUGCAGCAAUGUUCAAGUGGUUAAAAAAUCCAUUUAUGGAUUUGGAAAUUUCAAGUAAUAAUUUUUCUGUAUUUAAGGGCACACAGAACUAUUUAAGCCCUAAAGCCAGAGAUGGUAGUGGUGGAAGUUUCCGACGUUAAACUGCAUGCGAGCAAGCAAGAGCUGUCCAUCCCGCCCGGGGCCUGUUCUGAGCUCUCGGCCACUCCCGGACAGCGGCCCGCUGCUAGGAACGUGGGCGGCCUUCCCGUGGGCCGCUCCAGUCGCCGGAGCCCCUCUAGGAGGACCUGGCGUCCGGUGCAAAGCGACACACGUCAGCUCGGCGAGCAGGGGAAGGAAACCCAGUGUCAGAAGGGACACUUCUAAGAACUGUAGGUCAUGUUCCUGUGGCUCAAGAAGGCCUCUGAAAAGCAACAAAACAGCAGCUCUGGGGAAACCUCCCUUUGACAAGAGGCACCUUGCAAAGUCAAGACCUAACGUCCAGGUGAUCGAGAGACCCACACUUGUCUGUCCCAAGGACGACAAGAGCCUCUCCCCUCUGAGGAUCGACGCUCCACAAAUCCCAAGUCCCACAGUCUUCUCGUGGCCGACCCACAGCACCUGCGGUUAUCUCAGACCUGCCCCUCCGGCGCCCCUCCGGUGCCUUCCUGUCUCAUUUUGUGCCUGCGGUGUGGAAACCAGAACCGCACGGGUUGUCCCCAGGGCCGAAGCCCCUUGUUUUGGCUCUAAGGUUCUUGUGGCUCUGAGAGAGCACACGGACCUAAAAGCAUGCACCACCCCUUCCAGGCAGCUCUGUCCAGGCCUGUCGAGACUGGGGCCGGGGCAGGGGGGACCUACUGCAGGCAGCGGCCAGACUGGUGAGAGUUUACAAUCUGUGAAACAUUCAAGGACAGCUCUCCACAACAAAGAUGCGCCACCCUUGAAAACCAGCCUUUCCAAGAAGGCUGGAAAUCCGUGCACCGCCGCUGAGGUCAAGGGGAAAUUUCCCCCUCCUGCAGCUUUGGCAGUCAGGGCUGAGCAGCUAACUACAAGGCGUGAUUCACUUUGGAGACCGCACUGUCCUCUCCCAUCGUCCUGCAGCGUGGCGGGUGCCAGUGGGAGGACGGAAGGCAGGGGACAGCGCUGGGCAGAGGCGCGCAGCACGCUCCUCGCAGGCCUGCGAGGCCACUGAGAAGUGGCGGGUGGCAAGAGGGGAGGCGGCAGCUGGCGAGGCCGGGAGACUGGCUACAGUCUCGAUCCGGGGGAAGGUCCCAGGAACAGAGGAGGCUGCGAAGAACCCCGGGUGCCGGUAGCAGUACAAAUGCAGAGCUUCCAAGCACAUGGACACGAACCAGCUGAACGCGUGUACACGUGAACACGCAUGUGUAUACGCGUGAACACGUACAUGUGCACGCCUACGCACACGUGCACGCCUACGCACACAAGUAUUUGCUUGCUGUCUGCUCAGAAGGCCUAGAGAACACCCAAUAAAAGUGAGUGCUCCGAGUGCCCACAUCUUGGUGGUUUUUGUUUCUCUGGCUUUUCUUUUCUUUUCUUUUCUUUUUUUUUUAAAAUCAUCUUUUAUGCCCAGCGUGGAGCCCAGAUCCACUGCACUGCGCUUGACAGACUGAGCCCAGCCAGGCGCCCGCCCCCCACACCUUGGUUUUCGGAUGCUGCCGUCACCAAAAGGGACCAGCCCCUUGGAGAAAUGGCGGACUCCAGGACUGGAGAAGGGGAAACGUUUUUCCUUUCACUGGUUUCAUCCUUGCAAUGUUGACAAACCCCCUUCUGUCACUGAGCACUUUUCCACACCCUUCUGACCACAUCGUCAUUCUGGGAGUCCAACCCACAGGCCGGUUCGUCCGUGUGAACCACCUUUAUGAGCACCUUCCAAAAACGAACCAGAAAGCCACCAGCCCACUCCUCAGCCAGGCCUGAAUGCAGCGUCUCACCUGGACUCCGAGUGUGAGAACAUCUGCUCGAAGCGAGGACACUCGGAGUGUCGAAGUCUGUCCUCCUCGGGCGCCUGUCUUUGGGUGACAGUGUCCAGUCCAGAGAAGAGGCACCUCCCCUCGCCCGGGCGCCCACGCGCCAC